GCAAAACAAGACGUCUGUGUGCUUUGAGUCGUGUGUGUAAUGGCUUUUGAUAAAAAAUAGCUAUAGUUUACAUGUAUUUGUGAAGUUCCUCUUAAUGCAGAAUUUAUAAUCUAAUUAUGUUUUCUAAAACUGCUGUUUUUUAGUAAUUGAACAUAAGACUGAAGAUGUAUUCGAAGUUUUUAAAAUUUCCUGUGCCUUUAUUUAAAAAUUAUAUGAAGGACUAUGUGAGCUGUAGACUUUUAAAUACUGCGGCAUCGGAGCAUCAAAACAUUAAAAAGUUUAAAUUAAUCAAAAGGCUUGCAUCUACUGUUCUGUUUGGUGGGACGUUUGUUGCUGUUUUAUUUGCCAGGAAACGGAAAACUUCGAAAUCUUUCGAUGAUGCGAAGUUAGUUUCCGCGAAUCCUAAUUAUCACAAGAAUUUUAAACUGUAUGAAUAUAAAGGUUUCAUAUUACCAACGUUUGUAAUGAAGAGUAUGGAUAAUGUGCGGAACUUUAGAUGCAGGGAUGAUGACAUAUUUGUAGUUUCUUUUCCAAAAACAGGUUCUACUUGGCUUCAAGAAAUAGUUUAUUGCAUUCUUAAAGGAUUUGAUGAAUCUGCAUCUAAAAGUAUUGAAGAAAGAUUUCCAUACUUAGAAUUUAUAUAUCCUGGUUUAUCAUUUAUAGAAAAAAUUCCUGAGCAGCGUUUAAUUAAAACUCACUUACCGUAUUCUCUUUUACCUGAAGAUGUUCACAAGAAAAAACCAAAAAUUUUAUAUAUCAUGAGAAACCCAAAAGAUGUUGUAGUUUCUUACUAUCAUUUUGUUCGGAUGAUGACUGUGUCAAAUUAUGUGGGGGACUUUGAAACUUUCCUCCAUGAUUUUCUUGAUGACAAAAUACCCUAUGGUCCAGUCUGGAAGCACUAUUCUGAAAUGUGGGAACACAGAAAUGAUGAAAAUGUUCUCAUAUUAUUUUAUGAGGAUUUUCAGAAGGAUAUUCAUGAAAGCAUUAAAAGAAUUGCUGAAUUUCUUAAUAAGGAUUUGACUGAACAAGAAAUUUUUGCUAUAGCUAAUCAUUGUUCUUUCCAUAACAUGCGUCGCAAUCCAAGUGUGAAUUAUCAACAUUGGGAUGAUUUAGGUAUACGAAAACAAACUGAAGCAAAGUUUAUGAGAAAAGGUGAGGUUGGCGACUGGAAGAAUUAUCUCAAUCCAGAGACAAACCAUAUCAUGGAUUUAUGGAUUAACGAGCAUUUUAAAAAGAUUUCUUCUUUAUUUUUAUAUGAUAUCCGUAAGCCUCUUUAGCAACAGUGUGCAGAAAUUUUAGAAAUUAACUUUCAUAGAAUGAAGUUUAAAAAUAUAGUUCUUGGCAUUUGUAGCACUUUUGCGUUAAAAUUAUUUGAAAUCAUCAUUUAUAAGUAUAGAAAGCAAUCAGAAGGUGUUUAAUGUAUUUGCUAUGCUUACAUGUCAUAUUGUAAAGCAAACUUUUAGGGCCAAAUUUUUGUGUAUAUUACCUAAAAUUAAUUGCAUGCUUAGGUAUAAAGUUCCUCUAUAAAAAUUUUCCGUUUCAUAUGAAUUUUAUAAAUUUAUAAUCAUAAAGAAAUGUAAGCUAGUUUUUUUUUCUGUUUUCAGUCACUGUGUUUGUUCAUCCUCCUAAAUAAUAAUAUGCAUUUUGUAAUGUGGGUCAUACAAAAUAUUUCCAUUAAGUUGCACUUACUUCAAUUUUCUGUAUUGUUUAUUCAUACUUGAAACAUUCGGCAUUAUUUCUUAAGUGCCUCAUUCAUCUAAUAAUAUCAGUAGAAAUGUGAUUUGUGAUGCAUUAUAUAUAAUGUUUGAGACUGUGGGAAUGAAUAGUAAAAGGAUUGUUGUUGGAUUUUGAAUUAUCUUUUUUUCUUUCUUCCGUAAAUGAAGUUUUGUUUUUUAGCUAUUAUGUAAGGAGUGCUUCAUAACUGAUAUAUUCAUUUAUACCAUAAUGAAUACUAAAAUAUAUCAUGAUAAGCUGAAUGAAAAGAUAUUUGCUGAAUUGUGCCCUUUAGUAUACUUAAUGGACAUAUUUUCUAACGGGAUGAUGCCAAUACCUAUGCCAGUAUUCAACAGAAUUACAAUGUGAAGACAUGAAUGUUGUAUUUUAAUAGACUUCCCAAGUUUCAAUCCACUAGAAAAUCACUGGGAUAAUCAACUGUGUGUACUAGACCUUUAACCUAACAUUAAAAUGGACGUUAGAGUCAGCUCUUGAAUGAUCCAGAGACUUCAUAGUCUUUGGAAAUUAUUUGCUUAUUCAAUAUAAAUUAAUGGGCAAAAUGUGUUGGAAAUUAAGUCAUUGACUAAUGUGGGAAGAAGAGCCAAACUGGUUUAUUCUAUGUCAGAAGAUAUGCGGAAGAAAAUGUCUUAAAGGACUCGCUCAGCAGCACUUCUCUCUUCAUCGCGUAGCUAUGCAUUCUGCAAUAACUUAGAUGUUCGGCUCUCUGAAGCAUAGCCAAUAGGGGACUGGUCACUGGAGUACAUUUUGCAACUACAUCACCUUCCCUACUGACCUCAGCUUUGGCAACUCUCACUGGGAUGAUGGUUCUUCAUAUGCCAACGAGUGCCCAGGCCACCGGGAUGAUGGUCCUCGAUAUGCCAACGAGUGCCCAGGCUACUAGUACUCCUCACUACAGUUCUUAGGAUAUUCCAUUAUGCUGUACCAGUAGGGAUCCAGGUAGUAAAAAUUCUGUUCAUGCAUUCUUGUUCUUGGUCGUACUGUGAGAUCGUUUUGAGCUAUGAUUUGAUGCACGAAUUUCACUCCUUCAUCUUUAUUCUGAACAGAGGUAGAAUGCAGUUUACUAUUUUUUAAGUCCAAAGAAAAAUUGUUAUUUCCUUAGCUAAUUCGGGUAUGCAAAUUUGUAAUAUCUGCCACAUAUGCCGUGUGAUGGUAGGCCGCCCUUCCAAAUGUUAUAUCAACGUUUACCUUUCCAUUCAUGCCAAUUUUAUCCCCGGAUGCAGUCUGGAAGGUAAUGCAGGGCAGCGUACAGAUGAAUUUACCUUCCAGUUUCUGAGACAAGUCUUUUCUGAUGAUGGCAACAUCUGCUUCUAUAUCGACGAUCAUACUGCAAGGAACUCCAUUUGCCAUGAUGACAAGUCCGUUACGCCACUACUUACUGCAGAAAUCUGAGGUACUUUAAAAUGGGAUUUCUCAAUAUCUGUCAGCCUCCACUCCGCAAGAUGGGCACUAGUUUCCCUGCUUAUUGCUGGGGUCUUAGAUUCCGUGCCUUUGAGUGUUCUCCAGUUACUUCGCACGUGGCCUUCACCACCGCAAUUCCAGCACUUUAGGGUAGUUUUUUUGUCACUAUUCCAUCUCAAGGCAUUGACUUGCCUGGCUAAAUUGUCUAGAGAAAAUUUCUUAACUUUAUGGUGUAGGGACCCCCUAAUAUUUACGAAAAUUUUGAAGGACCCCAUAAGCAUUGCAUAAAUCCUAGACACGUGUGAGUGAAACUAUCAUUUUCUUCAUUUAUACUGUAAUAUACGAUUGCAUUUUUAGGUCAUUGACUUUAAUAUUUAAAAUAAAAUGGACGCUUCUAUUAUAAAAAAAUGCUUCAAAA